GCCGCGCAGCGAGCGCAGAGCUGCCUCCGGCCGCCGGGCGCCCCCCUGCCGCCCCAUGCUGUGCUCCAUGGCGAACUCGGGCUGCCUCCUGCUGUCCAACUCCGGCAGCAUGCUCCCGCACUCCGUGCCCUGCCCGCCCGCCUUCCUCUACCUCCAACAGGGCAAUCAGGACGCCACGGCUCCACCUGAAGCGAUGGCCCAGCCCUACCCCCCCGCCCAGUACCCCCCUCCGCCACAGAACGGCAUCCCCGCCGAGUACGCGCCACCCCCUCCGCACCCCACGCAGGAGUACUCGGGCCAGACCCCGGUCCCCCCGGAGCACGGCAUGACCCUGUACACACCAGCACAGACCCACCCCGAGCAGCCGGGCCCCGAGGCCAGCACGCAGCCCAUCGCUGGGGCCCAGACUGUGCCGCAGACAGACGAGGCGGCACAGACGGACAGCCAGCCGCUCCACUCCUCUGACCACACAGAGAAGCAGCAGCCCAAGCGGCUACACGUCUCCAACAUCCCCUUCCGGUUCAGGGACCCCGACCUGCGGCAAAUGUUCGGGCAAUUCGGAAAAAUUUUAGACGUGGAGAUCAUUUUUAACGAGCGGGGCUCCAAGGGUUUUGGGUUUGUAACUUUUGAAACUAGCUCAGAUGCUGACCGAGCCCGGGAGAAGCUGAAUGGGACGAUCGUAGAGGGACGGAAAAUUGAGGUCAAUAACGCCACAGCCCGCGUCAUGACCAACAAGAAGACUGCAAACCCCUACACUAACGGCUGGAAGCUAAACCCCGUGGUGGGCGCAGUCUAUGGGCCUGAAUUCUAUGCAGUGACGGGCUUCCCCUACCCCACCACGGGCACGGCCGUAGCCUACAGGGGCGCGCACCUACGGGGUCGGGGCCGGGCCGUGUAUAAUACGUUUCGGGCUGCGCCGCCCCCGCCCCCCAUCCCAACUUACGGAGCGGCACUGGAGCAAACGCUUGUUAAAAUGCCAGUCCCAUGGGCAGGGCUGGCACCCUGCCCCCUCCCUCCUCAGCAGACGCCGGAGCCGGCCUGCCCACCACUCUCUUGUCCGUUUGCUUCCAGGGUCGUGUAUCAGGACGGCUUUUAUGGUGCUGAGAUUUAUGGGGGCUAUGCAGCCUACAGAUACGCUCAGCCUGCAGCAGCAGCCGCGGCCUAUAGCGACAGUUACGGCAGAGUCUAUGCGGCCACCGACCCCUACCACCACACCAUCGGCCCCCCAGCGACCUACAGCAUCGGAACCAUGUGAAAGCUUCCACCGUUUCCUUCUUGGACCAUGAAGGGCAAAACAAAAAACAAAAACAAAACAAAACAAAAAAAAACAAAAAAAAAUCACAAAACAAAAAACAAAACAAAAAAAGAUGUUAAGAUCCAAGCAGCAACAAAACCAACCAAACCAAGAAGCAUCCACCACGUCCGAGUGGCGCGUGGCAGCAGCGCACAUCGCAGCGAGGGAGCACGUCCGGCGGGCCCCCGCCCCUCCCCGGCCACGGCGCUGGCGGGAUGGGGAGAGCCGGAGGGGAAGGGGCCUCGUUUUCUACCAAGUCUUCCUUUCCGGCCCCCCACUCCCAGGGCACGUGGGGCCCAGCGGAGGAACGGGCCACAGGCCUGCGCAGGGGAGAGCAGCCAGCGGGACCUGACCUUGUUGCCGACCGUGCCGGUGGAGGGGACGGCUGGGCUGGGCGCGGGGGGGCGGCCGCUCAUUCCCGGGGUCUCUGGCUCCAGCCCGUGCCCGUCACCCUCACGUCCGGCUGUCUAGGCCCCAGCUCCCCCACUCUGCCGUGCCGCCAGUGCCCACAUCCCAGCGAAGGCGUUUGCGGGCCACCAGAGCCGGUCCGACCAGCAGCCCUGGGGCCCGACCCCAACACCAAGGAAGGGCUGACAUGGUUCCAGAACUGUGGGGCGCCCAGGCCCCCCAGUCCGGUGAGGGGGCUCCCGGGCAGCCUGGACAGGAUCAUUCCCCUUACCUAAGAGCACCGGGAGGGUAAGGACCUCGGGGCUGAGGACACGCUCUGGCUCUGGCCGGUUCCUGUUCCCUUUCUGGAGGCGGCCCUGGGCCUGGUCUGUGGGAGGGAAGGCAGGCCUCAUGCCGCCUGCUGGACCGAGCCCUCCCCACCGCUGCCCUGCAGGGGAGCAGAGGGCGGGCGGGCCAGUGCAGCACGGUGAGGUCCGGAAUCGCGGUGCCGCGGGGCUGGACGGCCAGGCCAGAGCAGGGAGAGCGAGGGGUGGGAAAGGCCCAGAGGGGUGCCCGGGUCCGGUCCCAGGGUGGCUGGAGAGCAGACCGUAGGCAGCAGGGAGGAGGCCCUGGCCAGGCAGGGAUAGCUGGAGUAGGGAACAGCAAAAAAUAACAAACAUAGGCUCCCAACAUGGCUCCACUGUCUCAUGAAACGUAAAAAUUAAAAAAUAAAAAAAAAAAACCACCUCACUUUAUAUAUUCAGCAUCAGCUCCUGAAGUGAGCCCCUUUUCUAUUCCUGUUGUACAGAGCCCCGCCCCGCCCCCCCCCUCCCCUCCCGUCCAGAGCCCCCUCUUCUUGCGGCAGCUCCGCCCCCGGCCCCGCCCUCCCGGCCCCCCAGGACUGCAGCCGAGCCCCAGGCUUCCUUUCUUACCAUUCUGUAUGCUUCCAAGGUGUGACCAUUCAAAUCAACAGUAUUAUUAUUAAGAUUAUUAAUAAAGAUUUCUUUCUUCAAACCAG